AUGUCACUUAAUGGUUCACAUCCAAUUAUAGUGCUCAAUGUAACUGGCUUAAGUUUGCCCAUAUACCUUUAUAUUGAUAAUAAUGGUGACAUAUAUGUGAGCGACAAAGGUAAUCACAGUGUUUUUGUUUUUCGAUCGCAUUCAACUAAUAGUUCAAGAGUAGCUGGUACUGGAGUCCAAGGAUCUACCAAUGAAACGCUUGAUGGCCCAUAUGGAAUAUAUGUCAACAAUGUUGGAACUAUUUACAUUGCGGAUCGUUAUAACCAUCGAAUCAUGAAGUGGUUAGCUGGUGAAUCAUCUGGAGUUUGCGUUGCUGGUAAUGGAACAGCUGGCAAUAGCUUAAUGCAACUUCAGUCACCAACAGAUAUCAUCGUUGAUGAAAAUGAAUAUAUGUAUAUUAGUGAAUCACUUAGCGCACGUGUAACACGAUGGGCUCCUAAUUCAAACUGUGGAACGUGUAUCGCUGGUUGCUCGGGAAAAUCUGGAAGUGCACCAUCUCAGCUAUGCGAACCACACUCUUUAGCGUUUGACAGCAAAGGCUCACUCUAUGUCAGUGAAUAUGAAAAUCACAGAGUGCAAAAAUUUCAACUUCUUAACUCUCCUAUUCCAUACAAUCAACCAAAGAUUGUUUACAAUAUAACAUGGGAUCAAUGUGGCAUCACUUUUGCUAACAAAUGUAUUCUUCCUACGAUGCCUCAUGGUAUUUUUAUCGACUCGAAUGAUACCAUAUACAUAGCUAAUUAUGAAAAGGAUCGGAUUCUAAUUCUACCUAAAGAAGGUAAUAUUCUCGAAAGAAAAUUAAUUGUUAAGCUGUUCAGGUACACAAGUUUAUUCGUCACAUUGAAUGGUGAUAUUUAUUUUGAGAGUGGCAAUGCACCUGGUCGAAUCGAGAAGUUCAAAUCGAAUUCAACAAAUAGUGAAUUCGUGACAAAGUUCUCAGGAAACUGCUAUGGUCUCUUUGUUGACAUUCGAAAUACUCUCUAUUGUUCCAUUCCAUUGGAACAUCGAGUAGUGAAGGUAUUACUAGACCGCGAUAUUAAUACAACGAUCACAACAGCAGGAACAGAGUUCCAAGGGCCAGAACCAUAUCAGCUAGAUGUUCCUUGGGGAAUAUUUGUUGACAUUAAUUUUAACUUGUAUGUGGCUGAUGCUUCAAAUCACAGAAUUCAACUUUUUCGACCAGGAGAAUUAAAUGGAACUACAGUGGCUGGAAAUAAUAUUCCAAAUAAUUUGACAUUACACAGGCCAACCGACGUGAUACUGGAUACCGAUAGUUAUUUAUACAUUGCAGAUAAUGACAAUCAUCGUAUUAUUCGAGUAGGAAACGAUACAUUCCAGUGUCUCGUUGGUUGUACUGGCAAAUCCGGAUCGGCAUCCAAUGAACUCAAUAAAACAUAUGGUCUUCGCUUCGAUAGUUCUGGUAAUUUAUAUGUUGUUGAUGAAUAUAACAGUCGCAUUCAAAAAUUUAGUGUUUCACAUAAUUCAUGUGGUAAGUCUCCUUAUAAAACUAUAAAACUCCAACAACUGCGAUACCAACUGCUGAAUGCACAACAACUAUCUCGACUUCUGAAUCCACAACAACUAUCUCAACCCCUGAAUCCUCAACCACCAUCUCAACCUCUAUAUCCACAACAACUAUUUCAACCGCUGAGUUCACAACAAUCAUAUCAACCCUUGAAUCCACAACAACGAUCUCAACCGCUAAAUUCACAAGCAGUAUUUCAACCCCUGAAUUUACAACAGCUCAUUUAUCUGAAACUUCAGAGUACAGUAAGUGUAAUAAAACAUCGUUAA